GCCGGACCCGGUCGGCCGCCCGACAUUGCGCAUGCUCCGUGCUGCCGGCUCGACUCCCGGCCCAGAGGCCCCGCCUUCGAGCGGUUGGGAUUUGAAUCUCCGGCGGGACGCCACCGGAACCGUCGGCUCCCCGGGUCAGUCAUGGAGAGCCCGGGCCCCGUCGCGCGGUGCCCCGUGCAGGAGCAGCGUGCUCGUUGGGAGCGAAAGCGCGCCCGCACCGCUCAGGAGCUGCUGGAGAGCGAGAGGCGCUACCAGGAACAACUGGGGCUGGUGGCCACGUACUUCUUGGGGAUCCUGAAAGCCAAGGGGACCCUGCGACCACCGGAGCGCCAGGCCCUGUUUGGUUCUUGGGAACUCAUCCACGGCGCAAGCCAAAAGCUGCUUCCCUACCUGGAGGAAGGGUACUGGGGACAGGGGCUAGAGGGCUUCUGCCCCCACCUGGAGCUCUACACCCAAUUUGCUGCCAAUGCAGAACGAUCCCGGACUACCUUACAGGAACAGCUAAAGAAAAACAAACGUUUCCGGAGGUUUGUGCGGCUUCAGGAAGGCCGCCCUGAGUUUGGGGGCCUUCAGCUCCAGGACCUUCUCCCCUUACCUUUGCAGAGGCUCCAGCAGUAUGAGAAUCUCGCCAAUGCUUUGGCUGAAAACACAGGUCCCAACAGCCCUGACCACCAACAGCUCACACGGGCUGCCCAGCUAAUAAGUGAGACUGCCCAGAGAGUCCAUGCCAUUGGUCAGAAACAAAAGAAUGACCAGCACCUCCGCCGUGUCCAGGCUCUGCUCAGUGGACGCCAGGCAAAGGGGCUUACCUCAGGACGCUGGUUUCUACAUCAGGGCUGGCUGUUGGUGGUGCCUCCCAAAGGGGAGCCCCGACCCCGAAUGUUCUUCCUCUUCUCUGAUGUGCUCCUUAUGGCCAAGCCUCGUCCCCCACUGCACCUGAAGAGUGGCACCUUUGCUUGUAGGGCCCUCUACCCCAUGACCCAGUGUCAACUCCAAAGAGUCUUUGGACACUCAGGAGGCUCUUGUGGUGGACUGCUCAGUGUAAGUAAUAGGGGGGAACCUCAGGCCCAAAAUAGACCUCAGAUGCUUAGGAACCACUUUAUCACUUUCAUAGUAAUGAGGACAGCUGGGCACUGGGCUUCCUAUUUAGUUCUCACCCCAUCCUUGAAUUACCUCUGUGGAAACAGCAAGGGCUUUAACUCGAAUCUUUGAGUCAUGCACUAACAGGCGUUUCUCCUUAGCUGUCCUUCCCCCAUGAGAAGCUACUGCUGAUGUCCACAGACCAGGAAGAGUUGUCACGUUGGUACCACAGCCUAACUUUGGCUAUCAAGUAAGUUGUAUCUUCCCUCAAGAGUGCUGUCUGUGAGGAGGCACAGGAGCUGGAAAUGAGCAGGUCCAGUCCUAGCUCAUUUCUACAUCUUUCUGGGACCUUCCCUAGCCCCACAGGUGGUAGUGUCUGAGUGGGUGUCCAUGCUAAAGUGUCUUCUCUCCACAGCAGCAAGAACUAGAGGACUCUCAGCCACAAAUUUUGGGACUCAGGAUACAGGGACAGGUCAGAGCCAGAAGCACAAUGGAAUUUUCUGUAUUAAACAAAGUAUAGAAUCCUGCAUAGUUGAACAAGGAUCAUUUUAUGUUUGCCAAGCCACUCCAGGACAUUUGACCAGCACUUAAGAAUUAGAAAAGCAACUCCAAUGCAACUGAACCUCCGCUGAAGCAGAUCCUCCAACACUGAUGAAGGGAUAUGGGGCUGAUGCGUGAAUGCUAGAUGUGGCCAACUGAUCCACUUUGCAGCUUUGUAAAGGUGGCUGUUUUCAUGUUACAGAUUCUUUUUUCUUCUUGAGGCAGGGUCUCACUGUGUAGUUCAAGCUGGCUUCACAUGUAACCC